AUGGCUGACUGGGCACGUUUGGCUGAUUCUGUCCAUAGAAAUUUAGAUUUUAUUGGUCUAUUUAAAAGGAAACUCCUCUUCUCUGCCUUGCCAUUCAUCUUGGUGGCCUCCAUGGUCAACUCCGUAGUGAACAGCUCUGGAAUAUAUUACCAAAAACCAUACCUGUAUUUCUACGAGUACCUCCCUUGGCACAGGUACCUGGACACGUGUCAGAAACCAGAGACGCCCUGUUACAAUUAUGUCCUCACUUUCGUCAUGGAUGGAACUGUUGACCCAAAUAACGCCCCAGGAACGCGCAGUGAUUUUCUGGCUCAUCAGAGAUUGGCUGAUCGCUCUGAGACGGACGCCAUUGCUGAGGGGAAGAGAGCUACUGCAUGGUUAAAGAACAAAUACGGCAUUGAUUUCACCGGGAUACCAGACGAAGCGUACAUAGAUGGCACCAAGGCAGUGACCAUUGAAGACGGGGCCUUUACAUUCAGUACCUACAUCUUGGACCCCGCCAUCAAGUACAGGCUUGUGUCAGCCAGUGCAGGAGAUAAAGUGCAGUUCUUCAAUACCCCUGUGUCUGAGUCAGGUUGGAUAGUUUCGGUUAAUAAAGAAUUUUAAGCAAGUGGUGCAUUCAAGGGACUUCUCCCUGAAGGAGCAAAGAUCGUGUACGCUGAUUACGUCACUUCCUUGUGCAGCCACGUGACCGGAACCUGGUUCUGCUUCCGCUCUUCAUGCCGCAAUGUAUUCCGAAAAGCGAAACUCGUCAUCCACGUAGAAAACCGGACCUUUUUGACUUACGGGGACCCCACGGUCAUCGACGCUAUUGUGGAAGAGAGUUCGUGGGGGGUCGGUUCGGGGCGUGGGCUGAUGUUUUCAGAGCCGGGAAAUAAGAUAUGCGCUCGGAACGUGAUGACAUUUCCCGCCACUUUGCCAUAAAUUUGGUAUUUACAGAAUUUUUGACAGCUGAUUGGUGCUUCUUUACAUAGGUUUAAAACAGACAGAUGGCUUGUUGAAUGGAACGCAGAUUCAUAAUAUAUGGAAAAUUAUUUAGACAGUGGUAAGUGGGAUUUUGUGAUACAGUUAUCUGUAACAGAAUUUUUCUUAUAUAAAUAAAGGAACAGAAGGAAAUAUGUCACAGCAUCGUGCGCCUAUAUCAAAGCUGAUACGAACAGUCAGCUCUCAAUAUUUGUAUAAUACAAUAUUUGUAGAAGUCGAUGGCGCAUCCUUCUUGGAAGUGCCAUUUUGGAGGCCAAAACAGUGAAUGAUGAAGAGACUUGGUGCUCCCUUUUAUAUUAUUUUGAUUAUCCGUGCGUUCCACUAAUUUGACGCACGAGUGUCGUGCUUAACACUUCCGUGCUCAUUUCGUUUCUCUUACGUUUCUCUUACUUCGUAAGUACGAUUUCUGAAAACGUACGCUUCAUUUGCAAUACACGUACGAUUAUCUCACUCACUGUGUGCGACACAAGUACAGAUCACACGUGCUCCUUACUUCUUCCUACUUCCAAAAAGGCGAACAGACCACUUGCGGGCCCCACGUUUAGAGCACGACACACCUACUCAUAAAGUACUUACUACUUACGUCCGCUGCGAUUUAAUUUUCAUCCUGCGACAACGCUACGCCCGACAA